UGCAGGGGCGCUGGCGGCCAUUUUGCCUCUCUGUGCGACCGGCAAAUACAGCGAAUAAGAAUGUCUGCGCAUGCGCUCUUCACAUUAGUUGAUGUCAAUCUCUGCUGCUGUCUGUCAGUGUGGGAGCUGGUGAGGCUCUCUCAUGGAGGCAGUGUGUGAGCAGCUCCAUGGAGGUGGUGGUGAUGAGGAGGAGGAGGAGGAGGAGCAGGCAGGAGCAGAGGAAGCCAUGCUGUGGUCCAUCCAGGAGGCUCUGGAGAGGCAGACCCUGCAGAUAGGAGCGUCAGCCUGUGGGGCCACAGCUGUGGUGGACGUGCUGAAGGCCCUCGGCGUGGACGUGGCCCCUGAGGAAGCAGACCGCUGUGUCCGGACACGCCUGAGGAGAAACGAGUCACCGCUGCCGGACUACCUGCUGUCCCGGAGUGAAGCCGGUGCGACUCAUGCUCAGCUAAUUGAAGGAGCAGAGGAGGCCAGUCAGGGGAAGGUAACAGGUCGCUUCUUCCACCUCCACCCCCGGCGGCUGGUCAGACUGGUCCCAUGGCUCGCCAGCUGGAUCAGAAAAGGCGCUGUUCCCGUGGCGACCAUGAACAUGCAGCUUGCCGUACCCGAGGGUGAGGAGGUGCCUGACGCCUGGCACCACCAGCUCAUAUUCGGCGUUGCAUCGAACGCUGUUUUCAUGACCAAUCCUUUAGAUGUAGUGAGCGCCCAAGAGUUGCACCAGAGACUCUGCAGCGAAUCGGUGCUGCUGAUUCGUCGAGAAGACGUUCUUCAGCGACUGACGCCGGACAGCAGCCUGUCAAGUUUAUCCGAGCCGCGGUGGAAAGCCCUGGACGUCGAGGGUCAAGUGAGACAGAUGCACCAGGAAGAGGAAGAGGAAGACGAUGGAGCUAAGUUAACACACAUCAGGAUCCCUGCAGCAUACAGCUCAGGCAUCACUUUCUUCGCCCUACGAGAAUCCGAGUUAGGACAAGAACUCCUCAGUGCUCCUGAUCUACCUCUUUUGUGAUGGGACUGACACUCAUGGACUCGACUUAUUUAUUAAAAUAUUAGAUAAAUGCCUGUAUGAACGACUGACGAAUAAAUAAUGUUUCAAAUACAGA